AUGUCUCAGGCCCUCCCUCUUCAGAACAAAGGCAUCUUCCGCAACCUGCCAACUUUCCCAUCGGAUGUCACAGACUUGACAGCCCUCAUCACCGGCGCCAAUGGCAUCAGCGGAUUCCAUACCCUCAGGGUCCUCCUCGACGCACCGCAGCGAUGGAAGAAGGUCUGGAUAGUGUCGAGAAGCCCCCUCUCGGAGAAGAUGAUGAGCUUCUUCUCUGCCGAGCAGCAGAAGCGCAUCGAACACAUCUCGCUCGACUUUCUGGCGGACGCGAACGUCAUCGCGCAGGGUCUCGAGGAGCGUCAAGUCACGGCAGACUAUGUCUUUUUCUAUUCCUACCUUCAGCCCAAACCUGAGCCCGGAGCCGCGGCUUGGUCCAACGCCGAAGCUCUCGUCAAAGUCAACUCCGCCUUGCUCCAAAACUUCCUAGACGGACUCGAAAAGUCCUCCAUCCGCCCCAAACGCAUCGUCCUGCAGACCGGCGCCAAGAACUACGGCGGCCACAUCGGCCAGGCCAUCUCGCCCUUUGUAGAAUCAGCGCAGCGCGUCACCAGCGAGCCAAACUUCUACUACCCGCAGGAAGACGCCCUCUUUGACCACUGUGCCAGGACGGGCGCAAAAUGGAACGUCUUCCGCCCCUCCUGGAUCAUCGGCGCCGUGGAGAACGCGCAGAUGAAUGCGUUUUACGGGCUCGGCGUCUACGCCGCCGUGCAGGCUCACCUCGGCAGGCCGCUCGAGUUCCCCGGCACGAUGGCCGCUUGGCUCAAGGACCACGCACACUCGCAUGCGCACCUUACUGGGUACCUGUCCGAGUGGGCUGUUUUGAAUGAGCAUUGCGGGAAUGAGGCGUUUAACUCGAGUGACCAGGGAUCGUUCAGCUAUGCGUUGUUCUGGCCUGAGCUUGCGAAGUGGUUUGGGAUUUCAGAGGUUGGGAGGCCUGAAUUGGAUGAGUCAAAGAUGCAGAAGAUCUCCAUGCCUGGCGAGCCGCCUAUUGGUUUCGGCCCCCGUGCAAGCUUGAAGUUCUCUUGGUCCUUCGUCGCGUGGGCCAAGGAGCCCGAGAACCACGAGGCCUGGAAGGAGAUUAUGAAGAAGCACAACCUGCUGAAUGAUCCUUUCGAGGACCCCGAGGGCCAGUUCAUGUUCACGGACGUCGCUGUGCUGCCCGAUGCCUACGGCCGCCUUAGCCCGAACAAGGCUCGCAUGAUGGGUUGGAACGGGUUCGUCGACACGGCGGAGGGCAUCUUUGCGACGUACCGCGAGUUUGGCAAGCUUGGUAUGCUGCCGCCGAUGGCUGUGGACGAAGCUCGGCCGUUGAUCUAGAGGGAGACUGUCGAGUGUCACGCAGCUCGGGGAGUACAGUAGUGUGAGAAACAAAUAAGAUGGAUGGGUAAAUUGAUCAACGCAUGAAAAGUUUCGUUUGGUAUUGUUCAUGGAAAUAGCGCCCCUGAAACACUUGUUUUUUCUUUACUUUUCGAUGGAAAAACGGUGGCAGAAUGUGGAAUCUAACAAGACACCCCCGAUAGCCUUGAAUCAUGGUGUAGAAUUCUCAAUUACU